GCUCCCACCCAUCCUUAUAUUAUACCGCACGGACUUCCCUUCCAACCACAAGAUGGCUGCCACCGGUGCUGACACUUCGAACCGUAAGGUUGCUCUAAUAACUGGUAUUACAGGACAGGAUGGAUCAUAUCUUGCUGAGUUCCUGUUAGGAAAGGGCUAUGAGGUCCAUGGAAUCAUACGAAGGGCCAGCACUUUCAAUACCCACAGGAUCGAACAUUUGUAUGCUGAUCCGAAAACCCACCGUGAAGGAUCCGCCAAAAAUGCAGCUAUGCAUCUCCACUACGGAGACAUGACUGAUAGCACUAACCUUGUGAAGAUUGUGAGCGACGUACAACCUACUGAGAUAUACAACCUUGCUGCACAGAGUCAUGUGAAGGUGUCUUUCGAACUUGGUGAAUACACAGCCAAUGUAGAUGCUGUUGGCACCCUUCGACUACUUGAUGCAAUCCGUACAUGUUCUCUAAGUGACAAAGUAAAAUUCUACCAAGCCUCAACCAGUGAAUUGUAUGGAAAAGUACAAGAGAUUCCACAAAAAGAGACCACACCGUUUUACCCUCGUUCACCUUAUGGAGCCGCCAAGCUCUAUGCCUAUUGGAUUGUUGUCAACUACCGGGAAGCAUACGACAUGUUUGCAUGCAAUGGUAUAUUGUUCAACCACGAGAGUCCCAGACGAGGUGAAACUUUUGUAACCCGCAAAAUAACUCGUGCUGUGGCUAAGAUUACCCAGGGGAACCAGGAAUUUGUUGAACUCGGUAACCUGGACUCCAAACGAGAUUGGGGCCAUGCUAAAGAUUAUGUGGAGGCCAUGUGGAUGAUGCUUCAGCAAGAGGAACCUGAAGACUUUGUCAUUGCAACAGGGGAGACGCACAGUGUACGCGAAUUCUUAGAGGAAGCAUUCCAUGUUGUUGGAACUGAAAUCCAGUGGGAAGGUAAAGGUGUUGAUGAAGUUGGUAAAGAUAAGAAAACUGGCAAAGUCCGUGUCAAGAUUAAUCCUAAAUAUAACCGUCCAACUGAAGUGGAUCUACUUUUGGGAGAUUGUUCAAAAGCCAAAGAGAAAUUAAAAUGGUCCAGGAAGUAUGAUUUCAAGAUGUUGGUGAGAGAGAUGGUGGAAUCAGACUUGAAAAUGAUGAGCACAAACCCCAAUGCGUAAGAGCUGGAAGUCUGCAGAAAAUUGGUAGAGGUCGUUUUAAAAUGUUGGGAGCAAUGCCUGUAAAGGGCCCUAUUUUACAGGUCAACACGGUCAAAUACUUACAGAAUUAUUGGUUACACUGCUGUUAAUCUUUAAUUUAUAUAUAUACACACACACACACACACACACACACACACACACACACAUAUCUUGUUAGGCAUUUAAUCCAGUAAUAUAAGAUCAAUCCAAUGGAGGAUCUAAAAUCGAGAUCUGUGUCGGCAUGUCAUCACGGCGAUCAUCAUCAUUUUACUAUCUCGCUUUCUUUGCUUAUAUGGGUCAGCGUUAAGAUAAAUACCAGUUAAAUAUUGAGGUUGAUGUAAUCCACUUCUUCCUUCCUCUAAAAAAAUUACCAGCCUUGUCCCCCAAAUUAGAAAGAAUAGUGAUAUUAUUAUUACCAUUAUUACUAAGAUGGCAGUGAGCUGGCUGAGUUGUUAGUGCACUGGACAAAAUGUUAACCAGCAUUUUGUCUGUCUUUAUGUUCUGAGUUCAAAUUCUGUCAAGGUCGACUUUGUUUUUCGACCUUUUAGGGUUUGUGAAAUAAGUACUGGUCCAGUACAUGGGUUGACCUUGUGCCUUUAGUAGAAAAUAUUAUUAUUAUUAUUAAGGCAGCAUGCCAAAAGAACUGUUGCCGCCGAGGUUGACUUUGCCUUUCAUCCUUUUAGGGUUGAUUAAAUAAGUACCAGUUACAC